AUGGCUACUCAACCGAAAACACCCUCUUCAUUAACCGUAUUGCGAGAACUCCCAUUGGUCCGCAUCUUUGGGCCCACCAGCACGGCCACCGAAUCUCAUAUGCAUGGGUGCUCUUGUGGCCCACGCAUCAGGGUUAGAGAAAUAACUGAUUAUUCGAAGGGAAAUCCCGCUACUAUUCUAGACAUGAACGGGAUACUUUCCAAUCUUCGUAUUUCUCCUACUGAACUUUUGGAGGGAAGGGACAAGACUUCUCGGCUAUCCAAGGGGAAGAUGGGGAAGGAUAAUAAAAUAUAUCGCCCGCAGAAGACUUCGGCCGGGGAAAAGAACAGCAACCUCGCGGACGUGGCGGAGACGGCUAGGCGUCAUUUAAAAGCUAGACGUGAGGAUGUGUCAGACAUGAAGAAUGGCACAGAACCAAAGGGUGAUUUUUUGAACUGGCUGCGAAAAAAUGAGAAAUCAGGUCGGGUUACGAAACCCAGGAUGAGCAAGAGGGGCGCAAAAAUCUCAUAUGACCGGAAGAUGCGGAAUUCAAGUACUGACAGUCUUAACGGAAUGCCUAUUGAGGAUAUCGACAUGGUAAGUGCCUUCCGGGCUCUGGACGCUCAAGAGCGCGAUCGGGCUAUCAAUCAGGUGGAUCAAUCAGGACUUGUUGAUAUGAUGGAGUCAUUUUCCCUCCCGGAAGAUGUGGCAGAUGAGGAUGAGAUGUGUUGUGAAAGUAAUAAUGAGGUUGCUCCUAGUGGAUCCGAACUACGGAUGGACAUUUCAGAUAUCUAG